AUGGCAUCAUUCCUCCUCCCCCGAUCCCGUCCCCUCUUCUCCCUCACCCUUGGCCUCGGCCUCUCCUCCCUCUACGCAUCGCAGGCACUCUACCGGCAAAAGCCGCGCCUGUGCGAAGGCCCGGGCGCGACACCGUUGACGACGGUCUCGGAGAGCUUCAAGGCGUAUUCCCGCGAUGCGAAGGUGCCCGUGUUCAAAGAUGGGAGGCCGAACCCACGGGCGUACAGGCAGAUUAGUGCGGGAAGUAUUGUUGGUUUGCUGGGGGGCGUGGCUGUGAGUACGUUUUCGAAGACGUUGGCGAUGCUGUUCGGGUUGCUGGUGUUCGGUGUGCAGUAUAUGGCGUCGCAAGGAUAUAACAUCAUACCGACAACGAAGCUACAACGAUACGUGAAGGGAAUAGAUCUGAGAUCAGCAGUAGAAGAUAAUGUGGCAUUCAAGCUCAGCUUUGGGUUGACCUUUGCGUUGGCAUCGCUGGCGUCAUUUUGA